GGGGGGGGGGGCAGGAAAGAAGCGAUUUGCAAACGGCAAAUGGCAAAGAAAAUUUCGGGGUGUCCAGUUGGAUGGUCGAAGCGGCGCAGCUGGCGGGCAGGUAGCAAUGUAGCAUAUGGCCGGUGGCUGCUGUUCCUUCGAGACGUACGUACGUACGCGUCGUACGCGUCGUACGCGUCGUGUGCCGCCGGGGGAAACCAGUCACUCGUAUAAAACCGACGGACUAGUCGCGCCUCGAGUCAGUCCCGGCUCGCGCCUCGCGUGAGUGUUGCGAUUGCUCGUCGCGCGUGCGAGCGAACGAACGAACCGAUAAGUAAAGGGGGGGAGAUAUCGCGAUUAGCGAUUACCGUGUGUGACCCGGCCGAGGUGUGUAAUAAUCAAACGCGUACAUUGAUGGAUAAGUAAUUGAGGGCAGAGAGUUGCAAAAGCGAGUGCCCCGGCGUGGUGUCUCGCGUGUGCCUCACUUCUCCGAAGGUCCCCCGAAAAAGGGCCGAUCGGAGGGACAAAGGGCCGUUCGGAGCCUCACUUGCAGGUGAGGCUCACCGCUACCAUUCGACACCGAACGGCCUCGGACGUCGAAAAGGACGACGCUUCGCUUGUGUUGGAAGACGAGAACGUUUUCGCCGGCGAAAACAGUGCGUAGCAACAACAACGUUGGACACUGAACGGAGAAGCUGGUUGUGCGACGAAAAGUAAAAGGGACGAAUUGGAGGAGGUAGAGUAGAAGAAGAAGAGAAAGAAGACCGACGGCUGAAUCCAGGCUACAUUGAACGGAAUUACUGGUUAUCGGAUAUCUUAAUUACUUGGAGAAUGAACGGCGCUGUGCGAUAAUUUGGUUCAUUAAGAUCUUCAAACUAAGAAGAAGAACGUCUUUUAAUUUCUGUAGAGGCCAGGCAAUCAACAAAAAGCGACGCGGGCUUUUCCAUCAUCUCAUGGAACAAUAACCGUCAAGUGCUGCGCGUUACAAUCACUGAAGAGUUAAUAUAUACAGGAAGUCGUCCUAAGUUUCGAUUGUUCGCGCGAUAAAGGGUUCCUCUUCUCGAAAAGAGUGAGUUUUGUGUCCACCGAUCGGCGAGUACCUAACGAACCGAAAGUAACGAACCGAAGAGUGUAGGCACUUUGCACUACUUCCUGGCGAUUAUCAUCGAGCUUAUAUAGUGACAAACGAGUCUUGACGUGGCGGUAGGUCAUUAAUGCUAGUCUCGCUGACGGAGGAGACGCAUAAUUAACAGCGAGCCGUCUCGCAUUGUUAAGCGCAGGAGGAAGGUCAUUCCUUUGCUCUUUUGAAAGGAAUAACUGUUCUUUCGCACGUCCUGCCUCUUUAGAUUCAUCACCAGAUGAAUCGUGAUUUGUUUUGCAUACUCUCGAGCUUGAUACGUUGUUUACGGUGCAAUUAAUAUCAGUAUUUUUGCCAACAAGAAUCGAUCUUUCUUCGUAGCGGAAUUUUAUCUCGAAAGGCCGCGAGAUUGAAACGGGGAAGAAAGGGAAACGAAAAGAGCGGAGUUCGAAUAUCGUGUAUCGUUGAAUUUCAAUUGUUUGAAGAAAGUCUCGUCAAUCGGAAGAACGUGAACUUGCAACCGCCGACUCGCGUAAUAUCCGUCGCGUCAAGCAGUGUGAACGGAAUAGACUCGUAAUGACGUAACGAGUACAUUAUAUCGAUUGUGUCUGCGUUUUUGUCAUUCCGAUGUUUUUCAUCGUCUCGACAUUGUCGUAAACGCUCGCACGUGCUAGAGAUAAAGAGAGAGAGAGAGAGAGAGAGAAGAAUCAACGAGCAAGAGGAAGAUAAAGCAUAUAUAUUUGCCUUCGCUCAUAGCGCCGGUGCGAAAGAGUGCUAAAUACCGAUGUUGUUGACGGCGAUCGUAUAAUGGAAGUUUAUUGAGAGACCUACGAAGAGUAGGAGAGACAGAGAGAGAGGGGAGAGGGAGAAGAACACCAUACCAACUCGGUCUCGAGACACCGGUUAUGACGUGACGAGAGGAAAAGUUAUCCGUCGAAUGUACGUGUAUGUGUUGGGUGUGCACGUGAUUCCAAGCGAAGAAGACACUAUGAGGUCGUUACGAGUAAUGGUCCUGCUGCUCUUCUGCUGCAUCAUCGGCACGUCGUUCGGCGAGUCGGCGACGCGGGGCGAUCGAGAACAGGUGGGCGAGAGAAAAGAAUCGAGAUGGAACGACGGCGGUUGGAAGGACGACGAGAGGGCCACAAGGAGCACGCAGAUCGCCAGGACAGGAGCCGUGAACAGUGUCGACGACUGCCCGCAGGACAGCGUGCCGAACGAGAACGGCGCUGGUUGCAAAUGUGCGGAUUGUCCACCCCACAAGUGCCGACCGGGUCAGCAGGCGGUGCUGGUGAGGGGGUCAUUUUCCGGCAUCCCCGGUAACUGCUGCCCGCGCCACAACUGCGUUCCCCCAGAUCACCAUCGUCGAACCGAGUCGAUCUGUCCUGAGGAUAGCGUCCUGACGGACGGCAUCUGCAAGUGCGUCCCGACGUGUCCGCCACCCAAGUGCCGAUCUGGUCAACGGCCGGUCGAAGUGCGGGCGGCCAAGCCCGAGACACCCGGUAGCUGUUGCCCCCUUCAUGACUGCAGACCCUCAGAUCCGAUUUCUUGGGCGAAAGCCGAAGAGAAACCGCAAAACUGCAUUCACGAAGGCGUCUCGAGGAAACUUGGUGAAGAGUGGAAACAGAACGACUGCAUUACUUGCGUCUGCAACGAGGAUGGAAUCGCGUCCUGCCAAACGACCAUGUGCAAGUCCUGCGAGAACGCGAUACCACCUGAUCCGGGCGAAUGUUGCCCUCACUGUCCAUUGCCGACGAACAGCACCUUUGAUCCUGACGAGUCUUGUAAGAUGUCCCUGGAUGACUGCAAGAUGAAAUGUUAUCACGGCUUCCGAACGGAUAAGGAGAACUGUCCGAUCUGCGAGUGCGCCGAUGAUUUGGAGGUCGACCUUGUACCGGACGUGCUACCGGAAGAUUACAAAGUUUGCCCGGAACUGCCGCACUGUGGACUGAACUGCGAUCUCGUCAAGGAUGAGGACGGCUGUCCUGUGUGCGCCUGUCAGACGCCAUCGCGUUAUCCUUCGCCAAAUGUCACCACCCCGGACACCGCGAACGAUAAAAAAAUCUGUCCUGAGGUCAAGUGCGACCUUCACUGUGAACUUGUUAUGGAUGAAAACGACUGCACCUUCUGCGAGUGCAAGCCAUCCAGCUGUCCGCCGCUUCUCGGAUGCAGGAAGAGGUGUAGCUUCGGUUUCAAGACGAAUAAACGCGGCUGUCCCAUAUGCCGCUGUCGAGCUUCGUGCAUGGAUCAUUUGAACGAGACGCAUCCGGAGGGAUCGACUUGGUACCCGAACAGCUGCAACACAUGCACUUGCGAGCCUGGUGGACGACUUAAUUGCAAAGAAACCAUCUGUUCGGUGGCCUGCACUAAUCCGUUGCCACCGAAACCAGGCACUUGUUGCCCCAUAUGUCCGAUUACACCGAUUAAGGAAAACGACAUGAUUAAUCAAAUUACCAGCCGUGGCUGGGGCACAGUUCCGAUUACGUUAAUCGUCGUACUCGCGCUGCUGUGUCUGCUACUGAUAAUCCACAUCGUGCGCAGCCGAUUCCGCGGCCGUUUAUCACCCUCGGAAGCCUCGUAUGCGUCGUAUCCCCCUCAAUAUUACAAGUGCGUGCCCGUGUAUGACACCCCGGUGCAUCGGAACGAGAAGAUCGUACCUUUGUAAAAGACUGUUAUUGAUUCCCAAAGAGAGCACGUGUUUGUCGUCGAGCAAUAUGCAAAAAUAAAUUUUCGAUUUGCUAACUGUUUUAUACA